UGCAUCCCUUGUGCUUCCGGGUCCUACAGCGAUGUAGAGGGAUCGACAACCUGCACAGCUUGCCCCGAAGGCAUGACCUCGAGGCUUACAGGCAGCGCAAGCAUCCUUGAUUGUCGUUGCACGAGCGGCAAGUACAUGGACCCUAAGAGCGGGGCUUGCCUAGCCUGUCCAGGGGGUACAUACAACAACGAAAGCCGGCUGACGUUCUGCGCCACGGGCUGUGCGACCUGCCCCAUCCACUCCACCUCCGUGCAGGGCAGCUCGUCUCGGUCAGACUGCGUGUGCGAGGCUGGCUUCUACGAUGCUGAAGCGGCAGCGAGGUCGUCGACGCAGGGCAGCAACGCUACCAUCGCUUCCUCUCUUGCAGCUGGGCCGGACUGCCGCCGUUGCGCGGAGGGAAGCUACAGCAAUGGUACCGGCUCUACAGUGUGCAACGAGGAGUGUGCGGUGUGUCCGGGAGGAUCUUACUCGUCCAUGGGCGGAUCGACAAGCUGCACGACCUCUGGGCCGGACUGCCGCCGUUGCGCGGAGGGAAGCUACAGCAAUGGUACCGGCUCUACAGUUUGCAUCCCUUGUGCUUCCGGGUCCUACAGCGAUGUAGAGGGAUCGACAACCUGCACAGCUUGCCCCGAAGGCAUGACCUCGAGGCUUACAGGCAGCGCAAGCAUCCUUGAUUGUCGUUGCACGAGCGGCAAGUACAUGGACCCUAAGAGCGGGGCUUGCCUAGCCUGUCCAGGGGGUACAUACAACAACGAAAGCCGGCUGACGUUCUGUCAACACUGUCCGGAUGACAUGGAGUCAGCACCGGGCUCCUCCAGCGUAGACGACUGUAAGUGCACCAUGGGCUUCGUGAGCGGUCUGAAUGGAUCUACUGGCUGUCACGGGUGUCCAGCAGGAUCCUACAAUGACGUAGUCGGGGCGACCAAUACUUUGUGCUUACCAUGCAAACCUGGGACCUACAGUCUCGUGGAGGGU